AUGAAUGCAAAUGAACGGCAGCAACAAGAAAGCGUUCGAAUACUAUAUACUUCGGCAUCUAAAUUGAAACAGAAAUUGCAGGAUCUCCUCAUAACCUUGCAAACACAGGUAGCAAUCUAUUUACCUCCACAUUUUGCUGAAGCGCGAAACUUGCGACUGGCCAAAAUACUUGAACACACUUGGACUGUGUGCUUCGGAAUUGGUGGAAAUACGCAAAGUCUUGGAGUCUGAGCGUUUUUCGCUGGCUCAGUCACUCGUCCUCACACCUGUUCGACUGAAUCCUGAACCAGACCCAGCUCUUGCAAAGGUGACAGAUGAGCGCCUACCACGUUUCGACCAUGAUACCGCUCCACAAUACUUGAGAACAAAAUUGGCUCCCCAGGUAUUUAUUAAAUUAUUUACUUUUGUCUUUAUAUCUUCGUUUUGUAGCUAAAAGCUCAGAACUAG